AUGUCUGCCCAGAACUCGGCGGGCAUCCAGACCCUGCUCGAUGUAGGACACCCCCUACUCUCUGCGAGGACACCCGUAUGGUUUGAUAGCUCACACCGCGAUUCGACAACAGGCCGAGAGGGAAGCUUCCAAGAUUGUCCAGAAGGGUACAUACGCUCUCCUCCAAACCCCAAUAGGCCUCCAGCUAACCAUCCUUUGCCUCCUACCACAGCUCGCGAGUGUACGUUCCCCGAUACCCCCCACCGAGUAGCAGUCCGGACGAAGCGCGUCAGGGAGGCCCGCGACGAGGCCAAGAAGGAGAUAGACGCCUACAAGGCGGAGAAGGAGGCCGAGUACAAGCAGUUCGAGUCCGAGCACACCCAAGGCAACAAGGCGGCCGAGGAGGAGGCCAACAAGGAGGCCGAGGCCAAGAUCAAGGAGAUCCGGGCCGCGGGCCAGAAGAACCAGGACAAGGUCGUGCAGGACCUACUCAAGGCCGUGUUCGAGGCCAAGCCCGAGCCGCCGUCCGAGGUGGCUGCGUGA